AUGGAGAAUGUUGUGGUUCGAGAUGGAGAUGAAGAACUUUCUCUGUUCCUGGAGAUGCGAAGACGAGAGAACAAUGUUCAAUGUGUUUCUUCUCUUCUCCCAAAACCUGGAGCAAUUAGUGUUGAUAAGACUAGUGCAAAGAGCUUAGUGACGACAACAACGAGCUGUGUUCAAUUGCGUAGAAGCGCAGUUGAGAAGUUUCUGGACUCGGAGAACAACAAAUCAGAUUACGAGUGGUUAAUUGCGGUUCCUGAGACGCUAGAUGAGAAAGAGACACAAGAGAACUCCAUUGUUAAACUCAAGGUGCCUAAAGCUAAGUCCACUGCUCUAAAACCACGGGUCGAAAACAUCCCACAAGAACCUGUAACAAGGAGUGUCAAGGCUUCCACUAAGCCAGUACCAAGAAUGAAUUCUUCAGCUGUUAUUAGCAAACAAGCUAACACCAUUGCAGAACCAAAACCAAAUCGUAAGCCGUCAAGACAAGCCACACCAACUUCAAGAACCACAUUACCUUCCACAAGACAAACCAACUCUGCUCGAACCUCUUCAACGAAAUCCAAUCCACGAGCAUCAUCUGCCUUUACCCGUUCAUCCUCGGUGGGAAAGUCAGUUCCUAGUGCUGCUAAAUCUGCAUCUUUAACAAUCCGUGAAAUACCGUCUAGACCUGCCUCAACCUCAAGAGUCAGAGCCAAUAGUUCUGGUGACAGAUCAACGGGACGGUCCAAGAUUAGUAAUGAUGUGAAUCCUGUUUUGAUGGGGACUCAAAUGGUUGAAAGAGUAGUGAACAUGAGGAAACUACCACCUCCAAAACAGGACGAUAAAACAAGCUCCAAUUUCGGGAGAAGUCUCUCUAGGUCGUCUCUCGACAUGGCUUUGAGGCACAUGAACAUAAGGCGUAGCAUUUCGGGGAAUCUGAAGGUACCAAACAAUUCUUCGACAAAUUCUAUGGACAAGAACGAGUCAUCGCCAUUAUCUUGA